AAUUCUCUUAACCAACCCCACAUGCUUUUGUUGCAUCAUCUUCGCUGCAGCAAAGUGUUGGCAGGACUCCCCCUGCGCAGUGAGUCCUCCUGUCCUCCUCUCGGUGGCGCUCAGCGGCCUUGAAUCGGUCUCUUCUACAACCGUUCAUUGCUCAUCAUAGCAACCAGACCCCAAUGACAAGUCGAGGCAGGUCUGAGGGAAGCCAAUGAUCUCAACUUCCUCAAACCUCCUUUCAGCAGUAGUUUGUCUGCUGUGGACCACGCUGCGACCCACUCUUCCACCGGCAGCCGGACGCAGGAGGAGUAAAAGGGGACAUUUCUACUGGCUUCAACCGGAACAACUUACAGGAGGGACUGACGGCUGUCACCAUGGCAACCGGGCUUCAGGGUACCCGAAUAUCGCCACGGUUUGGCCCCAGGGAGAACCAGAUUGCUAUGUUCAGGGUAAACACAGAUGGCCAAGGUUUGGCCCCAGGGAGAACCUGAUUGCUAUGUUCAGGGCCUGCUCCAGUAAUCCAACCGAGGCGAUCAAAAGAAGACUGGAAAGCUUGCUGCACAGAUUUCUGCAACACUACAGGGACAAUGCAGGAAAUGCGAACCGCAAGGAUUUGGCAGAAAAGUGCUGUGAUCAAGCACUGGUCUGGUUUUCCAGGAUCCUGAAGAAGGUCAUCAUGCGAGAAAGGAACAGAAUCAGUGACGUCUCGGUCAUCUGCGAGAACGAGUGCCUCCAGUCCAACCUGAUGGCCUGUUGUCUGGAGAUUACCACAUCGUCCAACCGCCUGCCGUGUGACUUCCCUCUGCUCCUUCGGAUACUGAACCUGCCACCAUACAACUUCCUGAAUGCGAUUGAGCUGGUCUUGCGGGCUGAGCCGGACCUGCCUGGUGCUCUGUUCAGACACCUCACUCAGGUGGAGGUGAAAGUUCUGGUUAUAUUUGCCUGGACCGGCGACUCAUGGCUGUGGGGAAAAAUCCAGGCCAAUGGGGGCGGCCUGCCUUCCUGCCAACAGGUGUUGCUUCCCACACAACUUGAAGAUCCCAGGGGAGCCGACUUUCACCCUGACAGAACGCACCCAGGAGGGACAUUAGAAGCCGAACCGUCAGUCAGCGGCUCGCCAUCAGCUGCAAACGGGCCUCUCAGGAGCAACUCCCUCCAUCGGUUUGCUCGCAAGGUCUACAGUUUGAUGGGCAAGCGCCUCAGAGAGCUGUGUUCCCCACUGAACAUUUCUGAUGAGCUGCGGGUGAAGAUCUGGACCGUUUUCGAGCACUCUCUGACCCACUGGGUGACCCUAAUGGUGGACCGUCACCUGGACCAGCUUCUCAUGUGUGCCAUCUACAUCACAGCUAAGGUUACCAAAAUGGAAAUAACCUUCAAACUCAUAAUGAGGUGCUACAAGUCGCAGCCACUUGUCGACAAAAGUGUCUGCAAUAACGUGCUGAUUUCCAGAAGAGACGAAGAUUAUCUUACUGGAACAAACAAUCAAGGGGACAACAACGUCGGUCUGCCGACACCCGACUCCCCAUCGGCACAUCAUCCCCAAGAGAGGGGAAAUCUCAUCGACUUUUACAACCAAAUCUACUCGACAGCGAUGGAGCAGUUUGCCAAACAGUUUGCCCCAACAUCUGGAGAGGACACGCCUCCUUUGUCCCCGUUCCCCCGACCGCCACAGGCCUCUCCUCGCAGACGCCGGCUGUCCAGCAACCCCCAGAUCUACGUCUCGCUGCUCGCCACCGACACCGCUUCCCCCGGCACACCCGGACUCUGCUACUUUUUCAACUCGAGCCCCCCAGAGUGUCUGCGUGAGAUCAACAACAUGUUGAGGACGGGCCGCUCGCCCAGCAGGCGGGGCUACAGGGUGUCUUUGGAUAGAGAGGAGGAAGAGGAAGAGGAAGAUGGUCCUUCCGCGAAGAGGCUCCGCUUGGAUGGCCAGUCGGCCUGGCAGAGGCGGCUAAGGAAUGUGGUGAAUGAUCGCGUGUCCAGAAGGGACCGAGACCGGGACCAGGACCAGGACCAGGACCAGUCAUCUCCAGUAACCAGGCCUGUCUUGCACUAGAGCGGAGGCCAGAGGAAUUCUUAAUUUAAUUCUUCGAUUCUGAUUGAGUGAGAGGCGGUACGGAGAGAUCGGUGCACGGCACUUUAAAGAAAUUUGUAAUUUUCUAGAUUUUAUUCAAACCCCCCCCCCCCCCCCCUUUUUUUUUAAAAACACAUUUAAGUAAGAUAAGCUACAUUGAGAUUGUUGAAAACAUGCUUUUUUAAAUUAUUGCAAUGAAGUAAAGUGACAACAUGAAGCUUUUAUCGGUACAUGAAUUGAGGAGACCGGUUGUAGAAAACCAACACCAUGAAUAUUAAUAAUGCUUUAAUUAACUACAUUGCUGAUUACAACAUUAAUAUCAUGAAUAAUAGCAUUUCAUCAAAACCUGACCCACACUUUAACUUAUUGUGAUACCAACCAAAUAUUUGGCCUUUGCCGUGAAGGAUGUCACCCAAAUUAAACUUGUUCAGGAUUUUUGUCCCACCAGAACUAGUUUGUCAGGAGAUCGUAUUUUACCAGCACAAGUAUGAUGAAGGAAACAGAGUAAAGUAUUAGACAUCUGCCAAGCUGUCAGACAAAUAAAGUUUAAAUGAUGUCUCA